AAGAAAAAAAGAAAAAAAAAAGAGCCUAAAUCACGGAAGAGAUUCUGCUGUCCUACUAGUUUGGCAACUUCUCUGGGCUCAAAGAGGCGUAGAAAGGCGGAGAAGAGAGCAGAAACUCCUAUUUGCGCACAUUUAUACACUUCAGUUGUCCCGCAGACGGUAUACGAGAGAGGAGUCAUGGAGCCUGCUAUUCAGACCAUGGUGAAGGUCUUCAUGAAGUCGGCCAAGGGGAAGGAGAGUCUAGGACAGUCUCAAUUCCAGAGCCUUGUCAAGAGCCAGCUCUCCAACAUCCUUUCGGACACAGACAGCAAGGAGGCGGUCAAAGACAUGGGCCAGGGACUGGAUGCCAACCAAGACGGCAAGGUCGGUUUUGAGGAGUACCUGAAGCUGGUCGGCUACCUGGCGGUGUCGCUCAGCGAGCAGCGUGAUCUCGCCAAAGAGCAGCCUGCCCAAAAUGCUGCGUCCGAACCGGAUCAUGCCGCCGCUCCGGAAGCCGCCGCUCCGGACAAAGAGGAGAAGAAGCCAGAAGCAAACGCAGAGGCAAAAGAGGAAGCAACGCCAGAAGCCAGCGCAGAGGCAAAGGAGGAAGCAAAGCCAGAGGCCAAUAAUGACGCAAAAGUAGAGGCAGAUGCUGAAGCAAAGGUGGAAGAAAAUGGAGGAGUAACGGUAGAAAUCAAGUCAGAGGGGGAGACGCAGCCUGAGGCAGCAAAGGAAGAGGAGAAGAAAGAAAUGCCGGCGUUAGACAAAGAGGUGACAGCGGCGGGAGUGGUAGAGUCCGUGAAAGAGGAGAUGAAGGUGGAAAUAGAAAAGGUGGAGGAAGCUGUAGAGAAGGUGGAUGAAGAAGUGGAGAAGAAGAUAGAGGAGGGCACCUCAUAGGGGACUAUCCAAUCAUUCACCAAAAAAAAGAAAAUCACACUACUCACUUGCAUUCAACACUACACAAAACUCAGCAUUAAUGCCAAAAUAAGUUGGUAAGCCACUAAAGAAUUUUAAAAUUCACACAACCUUGAAAUACAAGAAGUUGAAACACUAGAAACUUCCCAUUCCUCAUACAUGAUAUAUGACAGUAGAAUCAUUGCUUUGCACCACUACUUACCACUACGUUCAUCAAGCAUAUGCAUCCCAUUAUCUAGCACAGUUACCUCAUUAUGAUACUAUACUAUGAUAGCAUGCAGAUGUACACUAUCAUAUGCAUGCCAUAUCCCUGUGAAAAGCUUACUGCAAAAUAUGAUUUACCUGCACCAAUAAGUAAAGUUUAAAUACCGUCCUCUUCCCACUUUUAUCCUAAUCUGGCUAUCAUCUUAAACUCCUCUACGCUUGGCUUCAAGGAAUAGUUUGACAUUUGGGAAAUAUGAUAAAGCUUUCUUGCCAGGAGUUGGAUGAGACGAUCGACGCCACCGUUAUAUUCGUCCAUGCAGGAUGAAGCCACAGUCAUCAGCCAUAUGCUAAUUUUAGCUACAAUGGCUGAUUCUAAUGGCUAACUCUCAGCUAGACACCUAAUCAUUUCCCAGAAUGUUGAACUAUUCUUAUAAUGCAUGCAGGAAAUUCACAAACACAAUAACACUUCUUUUUUUUUUUAUACAUUCAUUCAUCUUUUAACUCGCAUUGCUAUGGAGCUGAUUUGGCAUGACAAUAAACAAAUUGUUUUGCUAAAGCUUUGCAUUACUUCAAGCUAAUAUAAUUGUGUACUCUGUCAAUGCCCCACCUUUCUAGUCUACUUUAUUCUCUGUCUCUUUCAUUAAUUUCUGUAAUUCCCAGAGAGGCUAAUUAAGUGUAUUCCCUUGAGUCAUAUUCAGCCACCGAUUAGGAACUGGAAGAUAAAGUGUGGCCUUUUAGGCUAAAUAAUUAAGGUUCAAGAAUGGAAUCAACACCAAACAACGCCUUUAGUCAAAUGGGAGCCGAGAAUAGUACCUGGGAGUGGACUGGUGACCAGAGGAGCCUGCCAGAGAAGGUGUUCAUGCAACCUAAUCCACCUGGAUUAGAGCUGGCAGAAAAGAACGCGACAACAAACAUCAAGAAGUAAAAAAAAAAAAAAAAAAAGCCCAUAACGGGUGUCACCUGUUGCCAGUUUUGGUCUUAUGUGCUUUACAAUACAAUGUGUGCAUCUUAAUUUGUUGCAUGUCUUUCAAACCAUAUGGCAUUUCUACGGUUAUUGACCGAUAAAUGUGUGCUGGAUGGUGCAUUAUCUGCAGCGACUCCUGGUAGAACUGGAUUGGAGUGACAGAAAGCUUGCUUUAAAAAAAAAAAGAAAGAAAGAGCAAAUUGUUGCUUGUUUUAAGACCAGUUGUCUAGACGUGCGUGUUUGUUUGUCAGUUACACCCUCAUUCAGUUAAAGGCUCUGAUGACCUGCAACUGGAUCCUUGAGUCACAGCAUUGGGAAACCACUGGAUUAGGCAUUUGAGGGGUAACACACCCUGGGACACAAACAAUUACAUGAAAGUAAUCCCGGGCUCCAGUGAUUCUGCCCAUCAGAACAGGUGCUUUAACAAAAAAAAACAAGAAGAAUACUGAGCCAGCUAUAUGAAUCUAAGUGGUGGGAUCUUUUACAACUACUACUACAUACGAUGUUGCAUGCUAUCAGAAACGUAUUUGCUAGUAUUUUACAUUGUAUCGCAAUCAUUGUGGCCAAAUAUUUAAGUUCGACAUGGCCUCCUUAUAUGUCACUUUUUAACCUAACUCUUCCUUGUUUGGACCACUAUGGAGAUCACUUGAAGACGUACUGCUUUGUCACAUUAUAUGCAAUUUGUUAAUUACAAUUUAAUGAUUUGUAAGUUGUCUCCACGUAAAUAAUGCAGCCAUGAGAAAAAGGCUCGCGUUGCAGGCCCUCUAUGUUAUAUGGGCCCGGCCAGCCGUGUCGUGCUGAAGGUGCACACAUUUUGGGCACACUACCAAAUGUGGACCGAAUGCACUGUUACAGCACCUGGUGCUUCAAACUGCUCUGCAGCAAAAUAGGCAAAGCAAAUAAACCUGUGAGUCACAUGGUCACCCUGCCUGUUUGCGACACUCCCAUUGUAAAUACGGUCUCAUUUACACUCACUCUGCUCAGCCUUUGUACUCGUAGUGCGCGGUGCUUCCUGCAUGCUCUAUUACUAACAAACCUACUGAACAUGUUGGGCUAUUUAGUCUAUAUUAUGAUUUCCACCUAUAUUGUUUUUAUAUCAAAACGUUUUCUAAACAUGGUACUUCCUGUGAAUAACUGAGACAUAUCACACACUUGCGUUAUCCGCAGCCGGUUUUCUGUUCAACAUGUACAUUGGCCUCAGGCACUUGGCCAGACGUGUUGAGAGGCACGGUCUU